AUGCAACAGUCACCUCUCCAGCACGAAAACCCACAAACUAACACGAUUUCACUGGAAGUUAAUUCCACACAAAACGUCCAAACACCUCUAACUCCACAGACACGCGAUCCGACUUCCCACGUAAUUGCUACGUCUUCCCAACUUAAUGCCCAACUUAGCGCUCAGCGGCCUCCGUUCGUUGUAGGACUUGCCGCUUGUGUGCCACCAGCUGGAGCUUCAACUGCUGCAUCGGAAACUGUUGCAACAACGGUGACGAAAAAUGCUCAAAAAACAUCAACAUCUGUAUCGCAGAACAUUAAAGUUCCAGGCAUUUUUUCUCACCAAGCAACAUUUCCUAUUCAGCAGACGCCUUUCAAACAUCUUAAUCCCACCCAACCGGUGUCUGUAGUAGCUAUUUCUGCUCUUUUAGAACCUGAUCAGAGGACUGAAGAGCUUUUGGGUGCCUUAUCUAUUGAACAACUAACAUCAAUUGAAAAUACUGUAAAACGUGUAAAGAAAAAAAAAACUAAAGAGUUAAAAAAGCACAACAUUAAUGAUAGCACCGUUAACAGCGGUCUCAGUAAUCCGGCUACUCAUGCACGGGUCGAGCAUUCGGUACCAAAUACGAACACAACUCCAAUGUUAGCACCAAAUCCUCUGCCUUCACCUGUUAACACUAGUACUACCAUAUCUUUUGUUUCAUCAAAUGUCAAUAACAGAGUUCAGGUACAAGAUCAACAAAAUGUUCAUCAACAACAUCAUCAACAGCCUAAUCCCGACCACCAACAGCACCGUACACAGCAACGGCCAGUGCAACAAACACAAAGUCAUUCAAGCCAACCGCAGCAAAACAUAUCAUCCCAAACCCAAACUACCUCAAAGCAACAAACAACAGAGAUAUCUACUCGGCCCCGCCGAUCUGAUGUUCCUAUUACUAAUCCAAAUCCAAAUCAUGCCCUUCCAGCAACAGAUCCAAUUAUUGAGGAGGUUAAUGGCAUGCAAUGGGUCGUUUUUACAUAUUCAGUUAAAGGCAACAACAAAGAAUACCGUAUACGGAUCGAUAUCGAUAGGGUUAACCUUGACGAGAUCGAUGAACAGUUUAGACAUGAUAAUUGUCUUUAUCCAAGAGCCAAUUGUACCGAGGACAAGUACCAGGGGAAUCGAUGGUCAUACGAAAAUGAAUGUAACGCUUUGGGAUGGAAAUUAGCAUGGCUUAAUCAAGAAGAGAUUAGUGGACGAAGAGGAUUACUUCAAAGAGCUGUAGAUAGCUUUCGAAAUCGUGAUCCUUCAUUACGUUCUCGGAGAGUUGUUCGGAAUGAAAAAAUUAUGAAUGGAACACUACGCAAGAGGGUCACCAGGGAUAAUGACUCUUGUGAUGCAUCAUCCGAACUUUCUGCGAAACGACCCCGAGGUGCGAAUAAACAGCUGACAGUAGAAUAUACAGUGAAAGAAGAGACUACCAAAAUUCGUAUACGUGCUGAUGUUGAGUGUGUAAAUUUGUCAGAAAUCCCGGACGAUUUUAAAAAAAAUAAUUGUGUAUAUCCUAAAGCAGCGGUUCCAAAAACAAAUUAUCAAGGAACAAACUGGGAACAUGAGUCGGCAUGCAAUGAGUUGGGCUGGAAAUUGGCUCAUCUGAAUUCAGCGAAACUUAAUGGGAACAUACCACUUCUUCAAAAAGCAAUAGAUACAUACUACGCAAAAUAUGCUUCCGACUCUAAGCCUCGUCGAGGAAGAUAUUCGCAUACUCUUUCAUCUAAAUUUUUUGAGAAUCAUCCUCGUGAAGUGAAUUCGGAUGCCACUACGUGUGCGACGACAUCAUUGCCAAUGAAAGAAACUAGUAAUCAGACAACAUCUAUUAAUGCAUCGGAUUCUAUGGUGAUGUUAAUGCCUUCUGAUUCUAAAUCAGCAGUGAUAUCAACGGGAAAAACGGAGGAUUUAAAUAGUAUUGCAGAAGAUAAUCCCUUGGAAACUAACAAAGAUUAA